AUGAGUGUCCGUGUUGUUGCGCGUGUGAGACCUCUUCUGAAGUCCGAGCGGGAGCUGGAUGUCAUCCUUAGCACCGGUAGCUCUGGCACGUCAGAGCUACUCAAAUCGAAGAAAGGGUCGCCGGACAGCAAGACCCCGGCUGCUUUAAAGGAAAGGGAAACAAUUGUCAGGAUUCCGAAUCCCAAAAAUGAGGCGGAACAGUUCGCUUUCCAAUUCAAUGCGGUCUAUGGCCCAAGUACGACUCAACAAGAGAUUUAUGACGCUGAAGUUGCUCCUACAGUGAAACACCUCUUCAAUGGAUUCGACGUAACGAUAUUCGCCUACGGAGUCACCGGGACCGGAAAGACGCAUACGAUGCGAGGCGGUAAAAGUCUGGCUGAUCGAGGUGUGAUCCCACGACUUCUAAGUAGUAUCUAUCGUCGUAGUCGAAAAAUUGAGAAGGAUUCCGAAGGAGCAACGAAGGUCGAAAUCUCUAUGAGCUACUACGAAAUAUACAAUGACAAAGUCUACGAUCUUUUUGAACCUCCAGAGAAGAGGACUCCAGCAGGGCUGCCCCUCAGGGACAAUGGAGGCAAGACAGUCGUUGUGGGCUUGACAGAGCGGCCGUGUACCAGCCUUAAGGAGUUUGAGAGCCUGUACGACCAAGCUAAUAUGAACAGAUCCACUUCCGCAACAAAGCUAAAUGCGCAUUCAUCUCGAUCUCAUGCCAUCCUUUGCGUCAAAGUUGCUGUGACCACUGGAGAAUGCACGCGGGUUAGCACUGCCUCUGCAAUCGAUUUGGCCGGCUCAGAAGACAACCGUCGCACUGAAAAUGACAAAGAGCGCAUGGUGGAAUCAGCCAGUAUCAACAAGAGUCUGUUCGUGCUGGCGCAGUGUGUAGAGGCUAUUAGCAAGAAACAUCCGAGGAUCCCUUAUCGAGAGUCGAAGAUGACGAGGAUACUGUCGUUGGGGCAGAACAACGGCUUGACUCUCAUGAUUCUAAACCUUGCGCCUGUGAGAGCUUACCACUUGGACACACUUAGUUCGUUGAAUUUCGCGAACCGCACCAAGAAGAUCGAAGUGCGCGAAGUGGAAAACGAGCCAAUCUUUAAAGGUCCUCCCAGACCGGCUGCACGGCCGUCAGGAGCUAUGAAGCAGCGUCAACCCCUGCGGCCGUUGACAUCGUCAGUCAACGCGAAUAUCACAGUGGCAGAUCCAUCGAAGGCAGAUGAGAAGAAACCUGUGAAGGCGUUCUACGUGUAUUCCGACAAGCAGCCGACGAAGCCCCAAGCUGCCGUGCAUAAACCUGAAGCGCCGAAACGAUCGUCACCUUUAAAGCGGAAAUCUGACUCCUUAAAUGCCAUUCCACGUCCUGCCAAGUCUAUGAGGUAUACGGAACCCGACAAGCAAGUUCCAAAGACGCACAAAGAUAUCUCAGCCGCGAAAAUCGAGGAGUUGGUAGAGAAGAAAGUCGAAGAAAUACUAGCCGCGCGAGCUCUCGACGAUUCAUCCAAACGCCAAGCUCAGGUGAAUGAAAUAAAUGAGCAAGUCCAACGCCGCCUUGAACUUCUGGAAAAGCGAAUUGAGGGGACGGAGGAUGCCCGAGCAGAAGGGCUAUCAUAUCUUCUCAUGGCAAAACAGCACCAUGCGAGGGGAGAAGACUCCUCCGCAUUGAAGAUGUACAAGCUUGCGUUGCCAUUCUUCCCCCACAACCAGAAAUUGGCAGCGAAAAUAUCGACUUUAGAGGAGAAGAUUAGGGCUAAGCAGCAAAUCUCCAACGCGAAUAAAACAGAGGAGACAUAUGAACGCGAUGACAUGCCAUCCGUCAAGAAACAUUCCAGGGGAGCCAGAGCAAGACGUACUACGGAGAUGAGCGAUGAAGAAUAUGUGGAGUCAGAGGCCGGUGAAGAGUCCGAUUAUGAAGACGACAGCUUCAGCGUGAGGUCCAGGCAAAAACGAGCAGCUGGUAAAUCUCGGAAAGCUCGUUCAUCACAACGCGAGAGGACAGAGACCCCGAGCGAUGCUGCGGACCUCCAAAACAGUCUGGAUGAGGAGGCGCACUCGCCGCGAACUGCUCAUUUACUAUCUGUCAUCAACUCCCGGGAUGUCAGCCAAAUCAAGCUGCUGAAAGGAGUUGGCGCGAAGAAGGCUGAAGCGAUUGUUGACUGUCUCUGCGAGAUGGAUCAUCAAAUGGAGAAAGCAGAUUAUGCUGGACGCGAAGCUCCACAAGCGCGAGUGAAGAGCCUUGCGGAGUUAGGGAGGAUGAAGGGCGUUGGUCUGAAGACCGUCCAAAACAUGAGAAGUGGCGUUGUGGUGUGA